AUUCUUGAAGAACUCCGUCAAGCUCGUGCCAACUUUGACGAGCCACACUAUAGCUCUUUGUCACAAACCCCACGUACGCCUAGCCAAUAUGAGAGUUUAAUUGAUAAUCAAGGGUCGAUAUCAUCGCGUCCUGUUUCUGUCACUUCUGUAAGUUCUAUGUCUGAUAUGGUAGGUGGGGUUGUAGAUGGUGUUGGUAACAUGGGAAAUUUCUUGAAGACAGCUAAAACGUCAAUUACGAAAG